GUAUUGUAUUGUAUUGUAUUGUAUUGUAACAUUGCUGUUCUCUUGCUUUCAAUUUAGUAUCGCAUGGCCAAUUUCUUAUUCCUCGUUUAUCUACUCCAUGCAAUGUGCUCCACUCAUUCCUAUUAUCACAAUAUAGCAAGGAAAUGCAUAUAAAAUGAAGCAACUACCUUUUCUCUCACCCUUCUCCUCUCUACCUCUACAACUUCCGCUGGAGAAAGGAAAGCGAUAAUGGUAACUACUUGGCGCGAUAAUAAUAGUCUCCCGCAAGGUGGCCAGGUUCCAAUACUGAAGUGCAAUGCAACACAGGAGGACGGAAGAGCCUUUGUCGUCUUGGUAGCCAAGAAGCCAUAACAAAGCGCCGACCUAUCGCUAGUUGAUGGACACUAAUUUACAUACCAUAGCUGCCAAACAUUAAAAAGAGGGUGAUUUAGUAAAAGAUAGCAUUUGGUGGUAAUUUGAAAUCGAAGACCUUAAUUACCUCAGUCUGCAAUGGAAUUAUCUUACUGCAAACCAAAUUGCUACAAGACAAGAAGAUUUACAAAUCCCUGUAUGGGCAGAUAGUUGCAAUUUUCUCUUCCCUGUGGCAUUAUGGGAGCAGCAUGUACUUGUCAGCCAUGUCAGGUUAUUGUAACAGGGGAAGGCAAACUAUCUCCUAACAACAGGUCUGUAACUCAGUCAGCAGGAGGAACAAGCAAUGGCACAAGGAAUGCUGGAUCAACUUUUAACAGAAACAACAAAGUAUUUGCCUCCAAGGGUAGUGCAGAUGAUGGCAGAGAACACAGUAAGGAAAAGGUUUUGGUAAAGAAAGAUUCAAGUGUACUUAAUGCAACUCCCAAAACACAGGUCAGUGCUGUAGAGGAAAGCAGGUCAAAUGUAGGAGAAUCCCAACCAACUAUAGGUGGAAGACUAGAGGCAAGUUUUGCAUCUUUAAGGCGGAGUUCAGCAACUCCAGAUUUGCUGAACAGCAGCAGUGUAUUUGAUCCAUCAGAAAUACCACACAUUUCAUCUAAACCAAGCAGCGCAGGCUCAGUAUCAUCCUCUCCUCGUCUCAAGAGACCUCCUACUAAAGAAUCCCGCAGUGUCUCCAUCUGUGAAACAGAGAACUUUCUUCAGCUCAAUCAGUAUCGACUUAUGGAUGAAAUUGGAAAGGGCUCGUAUGGAGUUGUUAGACUCUGCUACUCUGACUUUGAUCAGACAAACUAUGCAAUGAAAAUCAUUUCAAAGAAGAGAGUGAUGAGAAAGGCUGGCUUAAGACGUCCGAGUGAGAAAGGAAAAAACACAGGAUUGGAAAACUUGCAGAGAGAAAUUGCAAUUCUCAAAAAAGUUGAUCAUCCCAAUGUUGUGAGCCUCAAUGAGGUUUUAGAUGAUCCUUCUGAGGAUAAUCUCUACUUGGUGUUUGAGCUCAUGAAUGGAGGAGAAGUGAUGGAGGUCCCUGGGCCAGCCUUGUCGGAACAAGAAGCUAAGAAAUAUUUCAUUGAUGUUGUGUUAGGAAUUGAAUACUUACAUUGUCAAAAGAUCGUCCAUCGAGAUAUAAAACCAUCAAAUCUACUGUUGGGAGAAGAUGGCCGUAUCAAGAUUGCAGAUUUUGGAGUGGCUGAUGUCUUUGAAGGCGAUGAUGCGCUGUUGAAUAAAACAGCGGGCUCUCCAGCUUUUAUGGCUCCAGAAACGUUACAAAGCACACGGGACAAAUACAGUGGAAAAGCAGCCGACAUAUGGGCACUGGGAAUCACUCUUUACUGCUUUGUCUUUGGCAAGGUUCCAUUUGACGACCCAAAUAGGAUGGGACUGUACGAGAAGAUAAAGACUGAACAGCUGACCUUUCCAGAAGAGCCUGUAUUAAAUCCACAGUUAGAAGAUCUUAUUUUGAGAAUGUUGACAAAAGAUCCCAGUGAAAGAAUUACCAUACAACAGAUCAAGGAACAUCCGUGGGUUACUUAUGGCGGUAAACAUCCUCUUCCAACCACUGCAGAAAACUGCACUGUUAUUGAAGUCACUGAUGAUGAUAUUCAGAACAGUGUAAAGUCUAUUCCAAAAAUCAAGACCCUGAUACUUGUGAAGAGUAUGUUGAAGUAUCACACAUUUGGGAGUCAAGCCAAAAUAGAGCGAAUACGAUCACAUUCACAACCAAACAUCGCACGAAAUGUAGAAGACAAGGAAAUAACCAAAAUAUGAUUCUUAUUUCAACCUAGGUUGUUAUAACUUUUGAUACCUCUAUGAACAUUACCCUCCGAGUGGGUAACGAGGAAGGACGGUCGGCUCCGUCCAAGGCUACAAGAGUCAUUCUGAGGAGCUACGCCACUUUUGUCUUGUCAUAUUUACGAUAUUUGGGCUUACAGAUUCAUCAGCUUUGCUUUGUGUUUAGAACCCGGUAAAGAACCCGUUAUCAGCGAAGAGAACAAACUGUUAAGUAGUAAUAAAUAUUACAAUGCUAAUGAGGUAAUAAAAUGAGAGGGAAAUUAUUCUUUAAAGAUAAACAACCACGAGUACAGGAGACAUUACAGGCUGAAAUCGUUUGGUGAAACCGAAGAAAUUCGAAUUCAGUUUUAACAACACACUUUCUUUUCUGAAUCCCUUGUCAAUGUUUUGCUACACUGAAAACGAAAGCAUUCAUUAGGAUUACAACAUCUUUUCUGUUAGACUCGACUCACCUUGCGAAGUAAAAUAACAUAGAAACAGUUGCCAUUAUUAAUUAGAGUAGUUAUAGAAAAAUUUAUCGAUGGAAUGAAGUUGUAUUUAUUGAUUCUGUUAACAUGACUGAAACGGAAAGCCAGAAAGAGCUGAGAAGCUUGUGCAAGAUAUGUAUAGUUUGAAUAAGUAUAGCAAGAUUUAUUAUCAAUUAUAGACUUUAAACAAAGUCACCAAUUAUACAAAAGUGUAAAUAGGAAGUACACAGCCCUCUGCUUUAUUACAUUUUCCGCGAGACAUAGUGAGGUGGGUUCGAUUUUUGUUCCUCGAUCUCAAUCCAAGACCUCGCUCACCAUGCGUGUUAGGGUUUUUUUGUGCUCUUGCCUUGCUUGCGCCUGAUGUGAGAAAGAGAGGCUGUGAAAAGUCUACAAGGGCUUUAUGCGGAAGAUAUAACUCAAUGUAAAGAGCAUGGACGCAUAGAAUUUUAGUCGUAAGUAUCGACGUCUUAGCAGUUUUUCCGUGUGUCUUUUAGGAAAGAGAAACUAACAGGUAACCAGAUAAUUGUAAUCUACUUCAACUUUUCUCAGAACUUGACAAUUAUAUCAUAGUACCUCAGCGAGUAUUCAAUAUUUACCCCAGUUUAAUAUUUAUUUGAUUCAACUGGCCUUUUCAUAGCUUUUUCACAGAAAUAUAUAUUUUUAACACACAAUUUAUUUUCGUCGAUUUCUAAAUUAACGAAUCAAAGUAUUAGUUGAAUUUUUAUCCUGUUAAUGGUAUUAAAGAAAAAUAAAUAUUGUUUA